AUUCCCUGCCACAGAGGGCAGUGGAGGCCAAGUCACUGGAUGGAUUUAAGAUAGAGCUCUAGGGGCUAGUGGAAUCAAGGGAUAUGGGGAGAAGGCAGGCACGGGUUAUUGAUUGGGGACGAUCAGCCAUGAUCACAAUGAAUUGCGGUGCUGGCUCGAAGGACCGAAUGGCCUCCUCCUGCACCUAUUUUCUAUGUUUCUAUGGUUCUAACCCGGGUCUCUGGCGCUGCAUUCGCUGGUAGCAACUCUACCACUGCGCCACCAUGCCGUGAAUCAAAAUCCCAAAGUGCAUGGCAAAAUGCUUUUGCAUCGUGGAAUCAUUUCUGGAUUGUUAUCUCUGGAGUCACCACACAUUCCUCCUUAUCAAAUAAUAUAAGACUAACCAGCAGUAGAACCCAGAGUCAAAACACCUUUCUGCCAGAUCUAAUAUCAAAUGAAGGCCCGAACGGAUUUCAUUCUGGGGAUGUGACUGGUGCGAGGGUGUUCAGGGAACUGGGACAGAGAUCCAGAUAUAGAUCCACAUUUGUGUGUCUAUCUCCAGAUAUAGAGUGGUGCUUGGAAACUUUACACCACGGCUGAGACUCUCGCUGGGACCGGGCUGACGCGCAUCAGACUUAGCGAGGAGCAGCGACUGGAGACAAGAUCGGCCAGAGUCCUCAGCGACGCAAUGGAGGAGAAUAAUAAAGCGGGGAAAAUUAAACUUACGUCCUGCUUCGUGGCGAUCGGAUUAAUUUUAACGGUGGUCGCGGUCAGCACCGAUCACUGGGCAUUCCUUCGCCCCAGGCUGGAAAAGUCCAACACCACUUGUGAGGAGGCGCAUUUUGGGCUUUGGAGACUGUGUACCAAACGUACCUUCAUGAUCACUGUGGAUCCCGACGGCGGGGGCUGUGGGAGCACCACUUUUCCCGGAGAAUACAACUGCACAUAUUUCAAGCAUUUCACUUCAGGAGACGAGGCAGAGGUAUUCCAAAUUACCACUCAGAAGGAAUACAGCAUUUCGGCAGCAGCGAUAGCCAUCAUCAGUGUGGGGUUUAUGAUACUAGGCACAUUCUGCACCCUCCUAUCCUUCAGCAAGAAAUUGGAUUAUUUCUUGAAACCGGCUGGCAUGUUCUUCAUCUUUUCAGGUCUUUGUAUUAUAAUCUCUGUGGAGGUCAUGCGGCAGUCAGUGAAACGGAUGAUAGACAGCAAGGAGACUAUUUGGAUCCAGUAUGAAUAUUCCUGGUCCUUUGCCUGUGCCUGUGCCGCCUUUGUUAUUCUCUUCCUCGGUGGGAUUACCCUUCUCCUGAUCUCUCUGCCACGCAUGCCCCAAAACCCAUGGGAAACAUGCAUGGAUGCACCUCCAGAGCACUGAAAAAGCAGAGGAAUACCAACACUUUGUUACAAUGAGUUUACAGGCAGGGAUUAGGGUCCGAUAUUCUGGUGAAGAUGGUGAUGAAGUUUAAAGGGGAUCUUGAUAUUACAGCUUAUUUCUAAAAAAAAGUGUUUUACAUUAUAUACAUCUGAUUAACAGCCUACGUAUUAAACAAAAAACAAGAACAGGAAACUGAAAAUAAUCAGGUCAGCCAUCAAGCCAAUCUGACUUCCUGAGCAUUUUCAGCUUUUUCAAUUUAUAUUUUUUAUUUCCGUUUUCUGCUAUCUACACUAUUUUCCUUUUAUAAAUGAACAUUAAGAUAGCUUGAAUCCAAAAUGAAACCAGUUUAUUGUUGGGAGGUUAAUUUGCUAGGUUAGUUAAAGCCUAAACCUUCAGGUAGCUUAUGCAAAUGUUUAGUUUAUUUAAUGCAUUAUCAAAGACUUGGAAGAGCUUCUCCAAAUGUGAACGCUAAUAUACACACGCCUUGGUGAUGCAUCUUUCGGGGUUGGGAGUUACAAUGACUUUUGUGGUGGCUUGUACUGUUUGAAAGGAGACUGUCCAUUUAAGUUCUCAGUGGUUCACUCUGAAUGUUGAUUGUUUGAUACACAACUGUAAAUGGGAAGAAGGGGUCAUUUCACAGAGAGACGUUGGAAUUUUCUGCCUCGGAGGGCGGUGGAGGCCGGUUCUCUGGAUACUUUCAAGAGAGAGCUAGAUAGGGCUCUUAAAAAUAGCGGAGUCAGGGGAUAUGGGGAGAAGGCAGGAACGGGGUACUGAUUGGGGAUGAUCAGCCAUGAUCACAUUGCCGCAUGGUCUCCUCUCGCAUCUAUUGUCUAUUUAAGCAGAUUAGGUUCUCACAACUGCAGACAACUAUCCAAGCCUUCAACAACUCACCCCAAUGGCUUUAAAGAUCAACAAGUGAAGAUAUACACAACAUCUAAUUUUCCUUAUAAUUUAACCCUCAUACUCCUCCAGGUUCCAAAACAAUUUUCUGCAGGAUUUGUUCGAUUAGCAUAAAUAUCCAUUUUACAAUUGUACUUUGGAACAUCUGUGCAUUUUCACAAUAUAUUCUCAACGAGAAGCAUUGCUAAACCUAUUUAAAAAAAGAUUCAAUUGCAAAUCAUAAAGUGCUCAACCGCACCAUAAAGGUUCAUUCUGCUCAGUGUACUGAGUUGAUACUUUUAAUUGCCCAAUUUGUGAAAUUAACUGCAAUAAUCCAACGCACCAGAGUGAAACGUAAAUAUAAAACAUCAUGCUUGUUCCUUUUAUAAUCACCAAGUAAAUAGAUUAUUUCAUAUCGCAGCAUUACUUUUACAUUGGGGUUUGGUAGAUAGUUUUUCUCCCAAUUGGUGACAAUGUUUUAGAAUUUCACUGUUCUUUGAAUUGAUGCAUGUCUGGUUCUUUGUAUAAACAUAUUGAACCACCAAUGGUGUUCCUCUGGCUUAGACAAGUAAAUGGCACAGAUCACAUCAGAUCCAGUUUGAAUGAUGAAUGAUUUGUGGGCUUGCUCCUCUUCCUACUCGUGUUCUGUAUUUUUCACGCAAAAGUAUUCAAGUUGUGCAAGAAAUAUGGAAAAUAACAGCAAACGUACGCCGUUAAGCCCUUUGAAGUUGUUUGACCUUUCAAAAAUGUCUGAUCGUCUAUUUGCAUCAAGAAAGUUAUUCAACUUCUUAAUAUAUUCAGUAAUUUGGCCUCUACAGUGCUAAGUGGUAUGAAAAUUCCAGAUUCACCAAACUCUUGAAGACAUUUCUCCUUUUCUCAAUCCAACCACACUAGGGUACAUCAUAUUGGCUGGAGUGCAAGAGAACAAAGACACUAGAAAGAUAAAAACUAAAUUUAAGACAAAAUGGAAAUUAAAAAGGAACUGUUUCGGUUCAGUCAUAAUGAAGAAAUUAUUUAUUGAUUCACAUAAGUUAGUUAAUGAUUGCUAGACCAAAAACAUUCAAAUCAAAAUCCAUUAGCUAAGGUCCAUAUUUUGCUAAGCCACAAAUGUGUUUAAUAAUUUAAACAUGGCUAUUUCAUAGAAAAAAUAGAAACAUAGAAAAUAGGCGUAGGAGUAGGCCAUUCGGCACUUCAAGCCAGCACCACCAUUCAAUAUGUUCAUGGCUGAUCAUCCAGAAUCUGUACCCUGUUCCUGCUUUCUCCCCAUAUCCCUUGAUUCCAUUAGCCCAAAGAGUUAUAUAUAACUCUCUCUUGAAUACAUCCAGUGUAUUGGCCACCAUUGCCUUCGGUGGCAGAGAAGUCCACAGAUUCACAACUCUCUGGCUGAAAAAGUUUUUCCUCAUCUCAGUCCUAAAUGGCCUACCCCUUAUAUUUAAACUGUGAUCCCUGGUUCUGGACUCCCCCAAGAUUUUUCCUGCAUCUAGCCUGUCCGAUCCCUUAAGAAUGUUAUGUUUUUAUAAGAUCCUCUUUCAUCCUAAAUUCCAGUGAAUAUAAGCCUAGUGAUCCAUUCUUUCAUCCAUAUGUCAGUCCCGCCAGCCCAUGAAAUACCCUGGUGAACUUAUGCUGCAGUCCCUCAAUAGCAAGAAUGUCUUUCCUCAAAUUAGGAGACCAAAAACUGUACACAAUACUCAAGGUGCAGUCUCGCCAGGGCCCUGUACAACUGCAAUAGCAACUGCAAAUCCUCUCGCUACGAAGGCCAACAUGCCAUUAGCUUUCUUCACUGCCUGCUGUACCUGCAUGCUUACUUUCAGUGAUUGAUGUACAAGGCCACCCAGGUCUCGUGGGCACCUCCCCUUUUCCUAAUCUGACACCAUUCAGAAAAUAAUCAGCCUUCUUGUUCUUGCCACUAAAGUGGAUAACCUCACAUUUAUCCACAUUAUACUGCAUCUGCCAUGCUUCUGUCCACCCACCGAACCAAGUCACCCUUCAGCCUCACAGCAUCCUCCUCGCUCACACUGAAACCAGCUUUGUGCCAUCCGUAAACUUGGAGAUGUUACAUUUAAUUCCUUUGUCUAAAUAGUUAAUUUAUAUUAUAAAUAACUGGGGUCCCAGCACUGAGCCUUGCGGCACCCCACUAGUCACUGACUGCCAUUCUGAAAAGGACCCAUUAAUUCCUACUGUUUACCUCCCCUACGCCAACCAGUUCUCUAUCCAUAUCAAUAUCUUACCCCCAAUACCAUGUGCUCUAAUUUUGCACUAAUCUCUUAUGUGGGACCUUGGCAAAGGCUUUUUGAAAGUCCAGAUACACCACAUCCACUGGCUCCCACACCCAUUCUACUUGUUACAUCCUCAAAAAAUUCCAGAUUAGUCAAGCAUGAUUUCCCCUUCAUAAAUCCAUGCUGACGUUGAUCGAUCCUGUCAGUGCUUUCCAAAUGCGCUGCUAUUACAUCUUUCAUAAUCAAGAAUCUUCCCCACUACCGAUGUCAGGCUAACUGGUCUAUAAUUUCCUGUUUUCCCAACAGCAUUUCAUGACUAAUGUGAAUUUCCUUCAGUUCCUCCAUCACGCUAGAUCCUCGGUCCCCUCGUAUUUCUGGGAGAUUGUUUGGGUCUUCCUGAGUGAAGACAGAACCAAAGUACUUGCUUAACUAGUCUGCUAGUUCCUUGUUUCCCAUUAUAAUAAAUGCAGCUGUUUCUGACUGCAAGGGAUCUACAUUUGUCUUCACUAAUCUUUUCCUUUUCACAAAUCUAAAGAAGCUUUCAGUCAGUUUUUAUAUUCACCGCAAGCUUUCUUUCAUGCUCUAUUUUCCCUUUCUUAAUUAACCCCUUUGUCCUCUGUUGAAUUUUAAAUUUCUCCCAGUCGUCCGGUUUGCCGCUUCCUCUGGCCAAUUUAUAUGCCUCUUCCUUGGAUUUAACACUAUCCUUGAUUUCCCUCAUUAGCCACGGUUGAGCCGACUUCCCUGUUUUAUUUUUACACCAGACAGGGAUGAACAAUUGUGGUGGUUCAUCCAUUUCAUUAAUUUCAGCUGAACUCUUCCUCAUAAUCGUGCAAACUUUUCUCGUGGUUUGCUGGCAUUUUGCCCGACUGCCCUUCACGUCUAAAGUCAGGACAAUGUACAGGAAGGAUAUUUAACUCAGGAAUGAGAGGGUUUUCUUAUCACAAAAGGCUGUGGAGGUUCAUCUUAUUGAAACAAAAAGAUCCCAAUAAAAUCUGGGAAUUUUCUGGUCAGUAUGAUGCGUGACCAUGUCAAAAGGUACCAUCUCCUGCAACUGUCACUGGAACUGAGCAGUGACCACCCCUGCGCGAUGGGCGAUUCAAAUUUUGAAUAAUUCAAAAGCUUAUAUCGCUAUCAAAACAAUUAUUAUGUGUUAUGCAGCAGGUGUGCAAGCUAAUCGGCAGCAUGCCAUUGCCAGAAAUUUAAACUUAAUGCAUGUAUUAAAAUGUGUGAUGAUUGUAUUAUAUCGUAACUGUCAGAGGGUAGUCUUUAUGUUCUCCAUUCUUUGAUUGUCCUUCUGUCUUAACAGAUGAUUUAACUUAAUCUUCUACAAUACUUGUGUAUAGUAAUUUGGGAGAAAAAAUGUUUCCUUAUUUGUUAUUCCUUGCAUUAAACAUGUAAAUAAAUGAACACAAAUUCAAACACAA